GAUUUUGAAUGUGAUUGCGGAAUGUGUUUUAGUUUCAAACAUUUGUUAUGAUUUAUGGUACAGUUGCACGUUCGUUGUGCCCAAAAUUUGCACACAUGAAUUGUUAUUAAAGUAUUUACAAUGGAAUAUUUGUGCUAUCACGGAUAAAUGUACCAUUUAAGAGAAUUCAGGGUCGUAAGAACUGGUGAACAAUGCUGCAAGGUGUACCACAAUUCCAAGGCUCGGUACAUUCAAAAGGUCGGAGAAAUGCAGCACCCAAAAACGGGCAGCAGUGUUACAGUCCAGUUUUCAUCGUCAGAGGAGGUGCUUACCUCCACGAUGCAAGGCCACCCUGUAGUUCAAGGACUGGGACGUUGUUGCAUCACAGAUGAUGAUUUGGGCAAUCGCAAAAACAUUAACGAGCAACCCGGAACAGAAAGCAGUGAGCGUGCCACAACAGCCAGCAGUGAAGAACAUAAUGAGUCUACAAGUCAUGAAGGCCAUGAAAGUAGAGGCAUGAAGCGCAAAGAAUCGUUCACAAAGAAGAGAUUACAAGGCAAUACCAAACUAACGGAGAAAAACCUGGAAAAAGACUCGAAGAAAAAAAUUGGAGAAAAAAUUGCUUAACUCUAUAACUAAAAAUGAAGAACAAUAUUCUAAAUAUUUGCAGGCAAAAACGUUAUAUUACAAUGGAAAAGUUUUAAACCUCUUGUAGACAUUGAAGAUGCUGACUUUGUGGAUUGUUAGCAAUUGCCAAAAUUAUUUUAAACAAUAACAAAUUAAAAAAAAAUAUACAAAUUCAACAUCUUCAAUAGUCCAAGUUAUACCACGCACCCAAACAGUUUUGGCAUACCAAGGAACAUAACAACCAAUCCACAUGUGCUUUUAUAAGAGGUAUUCAAUUGAAACUUUCCAGAUGUCUUUAGUGCCAAUAUGUGACCAACUGCUAUAACUCUGACAUGUAAUAUAGUAGAUGUGUGCCCUUUAUGUUUACCAAAAAUUUUAUUAUUUUGUGUGCAACAACUCCAUAACUCUAUUAUUUCUAAUAUAUACAGACAGACACACAAAAAAUAAUAAGAUUUUUUGUAAAUACAAACAAAGGGCAUACUCAUAUUUCUAUAAUAGAAAUAGGAUUAUGUCCCUUUUUGUACUUAUAAAAUUCCGGUCGAUGUUUGUGUGCUGGAAGAAAUGUAGGUAAAAUAUUACAUAGGUCAUUGUAUUAUGUUACUGACAGAUAAAGAAGAUUCUACAUUCAAAGAGGAAUAUUAGUUGAAUGCGUUUUCUUGGGACACUUCUUGAUAAUAUUUGCUUACAAGAUAUAAAUCAUUGAUCGUAACAAAAUUAUUCAUUCAA